CUUUAAAUUGCAAAACCAAACGUCAGCAUGAUAAGCUAAAAAGAUAUCAUCGAUUUUCUCUACUAAAAAAGAAUAAAAAUCUUCAAAAGAAAAUUCUUUUCAAAUUUUUAUUUAUUCUACUAUUUAUAAAUUAGCUUCGCAUAAUAAUUAUAUUUAUCGAAAUUUUAAAUAAUGAUUGGCAUCUUAGUGUUAGAUGUAUUGAAUCUAAUUUUGUAGUUGCGCGCCAUUAUGUACGAAUUUUUAUUUACAACAUAGUUUGGCGGUUCGGUUGAAGUGUAUGUAUAUAUUAUUCUCAUCCAAUAUAUAAAGAAGUAACGUGCUACAUGAUUAUGAGAAUAGGAAAAUAUUCUGAAAGUAAUGAAUAACCGAGACCGACAAGAGAACGAAAUUUUAGUACUUUCAAGUAUUUACAAUCAUAAUGAAUUUUCUUACAUUCAAGGUGAUAUUAUUGAAAUCUAUUUUAAUGUUUUUCCAACGAAUAAUGAUAAGGUAAUAAAACUGAAAAAUGCUUAUAAUAAAUUUUCAAAGUGUUUAAUAAAAUAUCUACCACCUAUACGAAUAUAUGUACAACUUCCAAAGGAUUAUCCUACAAAGUGUUUACCAAAUUUUUAUAUAAUGUCCUCAUGGCUCACUCCUUGGCAAACAUCUUCUGUUUGUCAACAUUUAGAUGAAAUAUGGUUAAAAAAUAAAGAACAGGAAAUAUUAUUUUUAUGGUUUGAAUUUUUAAGAAAUGAUCUUCUUAAUUUUCUUCAAAUCAACGAUACAUUAGAUAUUUCAUUUCUGUAUUUGAUGAAAUAUAGUCUAACAGAUUACUUUAAGUUAAAUGCUAUACUUGAAAAAGAUGCUAGAGCUAUAUGCAAUGCACUAAUUUUUAAUCCAAUAAAGUUUUUUAUGGAUUAUAAUGACUAUCAACUUAAACUUACAUUUGAGAAUAGUUCCUACAUGUGCAUUAUAUGUUUUGAAAUAUACUAUGGAAAAUAUUGUACAAAACUACAAAAUUGUAGUCAUAUUUUCUGUAGGAACUGUAUACAACAAUACAUUACUACCAAAAUUAAUGAAAAUGUAAUAAAAAAUAUCAUAUGCCCUGACUUAAGUUGUAAUUGUGCUAUUACAUACAAUGAAAUAAAAAUGUUUUGUCCAAAUUUGUUUUCAAAAUAUGAAGAUUUAUUAUUGCAUGUAACAUUAAGUUCUAUGCAAGACAUAGUUUUUUGUCCACGAAUUUCAUGUCAAUGUCCAGUCGUAAAAGACGAUGAAAAUACUUUGAUUGUCUGCAGCAAAUGUGAUUACAGUUUUUGCAGUCUUUGUCACAAGGUAUACCAUGGUAGUGCACCUUGUGCUAUAAUGCCGAGUGAAUUUAUAAAAAUUAUUGAAGACUAUGAAAAAGGUAACACGUGUCAAAAGCAAUUAUUACAAAAAAAAUAUGGUAAAAAGCAAAUACAAGAAAUUGAAAAACAUUUAACUAAAAACUAUCUAAAGGAAAAUACAAAAACAUGUCCACAGUGUCAAACUACGACUGCAAAAGUAGAUGGUUGCAAUAAAAUGACAUGUACUUAUUGCAAUGCUCAAUUUUGCUGGCUUUGUGGAACACAAAUUACUACAGAAAAUCCAUACGACCAUUUUUUGCUCAUUACAAAUAUGUGUUACACACGUUUGUUUGAUUAGAAAUCUUCAGAAUAGAAAAAAAAUAUAUGUAUAAAUAAUAUAUAGCAUAAAUGAAACAUAACAGUAUUAUGAUGUGCUUUGUAUCUAAGAGUUCAGUAACAAAUACUAUAACAAAUGGGUAUGUUUUAUUUUUACAAAUAAUAACAUUAUUAUAAAUAAAUAUUAAUUAUACGCAAUAUGUGAAUAUAACAUAAAAUACUUUAAAUAUAUACA